ACGCACCCUUUUUUUUUCUUUUCUUUUUUGUUUAACUCCUUCUCUUUCCCUCCUUUUCUCUCUUUCUCUUAAUAGAUACAAAUAACAGAAAAAACGUCGUCUUGUGUGAUACAUAUUAUACAUUAUGGACCCAAAUCAUGAUAAAAAAAAACUUAAUCUGGGACUUCCCGAAAUGCAACCCAGCAUUAGCACAAACACGGUCAAGUUUCGUAGAGAUUAUGAUGCUUUACUCAAGGAAGUACUUGAAGAAAGCUCAGAAGACGAAGAAGAGUUGUUGAACCAUAUCGAUAUCGAUUUGAAUGCAGCUACAGCAGAAUUACCUGAUGACUUGAGAGCGGCUUUAGAGGAUCGUUCACUUGCAGACAAAUAUCUAGCCAAUUUAAAGACCUUUAUGAGCCACAGAAGAUCUCAUUCCAUUAGCUCCGAUUUUUCCAUACCCAAUACCCCACUGCAAUCCUCGUUUUCAAACCAGCCUUUACUUUCACCUAAACCUUUUGAUCGCAUACAACCUGAUCCACUUUCGAAAGUGCUCGAUGCUGUUCCUUACCAAACUCGCCUUAUCAACGGCGUCCCUUCUCUAACUGUCUUGGAACAAAAAUUUAACUCGCUACGAAUCCCUGAAUUGGAUUUACCCGUAGCUUCCGAUACCACCAUUCAAACCAGACUGAACGGACUUUAUAAAAUCAGAGAAGACUUACAUAUUCAUUUGAACGGUGGACCGUUGGUGAACAUUGUAGCUCAGAAUAAUAUUGGGGAAAAAAAGAAGCAAAAAGUCCUACAAUUUUUGGAUGAAAUUAACCAAGAAAUUGGCUUGUACGAAGAGUUUGUUAAAAAAGCAAACUAUCUUAGUUUGGAGAGUAUUUUAAACGAGUCAGAUAAUUCAGAUGAAGAUGAAUCCUCUGAUACAUUUGAUGUAGAUUCAAGUAUACUCCAUUUCGAUUCCUCUUCAGAAAUGUCCAAAACUUCACCUGGAACACCAUCAUUUUUAUCUAGUACACCGCCUCAUCGCUCAAUUUCACUAUUAGCAUCUCCUGUCAGCAGUCAUAGCCUCCGAAAACGAUUGGAAUCGUCCUCCGUCUCCCACAACUCAUCUUCAGAUUUUGCCUCGUUGAAUGAAGUGCAAAGCAAAGAGAAUGUUGAGCCUUGGGAAGCAUUUAAAUGGACGCCGCUCAAAAAGAUUUCGGAUCAGUUAUAUUCAGAUGCUAUCAAAGGGGAAAGUGGACUGAUUUCUGUCAUGGUGGUGAGUGGAGUGAUCGCGAUUGGUACAACACGUAGUUUAGUCUUUGUUUAUGACUAUUCACAAAAUUUGAAAUGUAUUCUCGGUGACAGCACCCGUGCUAUUGAGCUAGGAUCAGUCACAUCGCUAGCCGUUUCUGCAGAUCAUACAACCAUUGCAUGUGGGCAUUCGCAAGGAUAUAUUGUCAUUUGGGAUAUCCGUAAACCGGCUUCUCCUUUACGCACUAUCAAUCCUAUCUCUGUCAAUCAAGUGAUUGGCACACUCUCUAAUCCUCACCAAAAUGUAAGUAGAUCCGAAGGACAUGUCAAGGGCACUUCAGUGCUACAUGUGGGAUUUGUAGGUGUUAAGAAAUCCGACCUUGUCUCGGCUGAUGACCAGGGUAUGGCUUUCCAUCAUUUAUUAUAUACAAUCAUUAUGGUGAAUGGAGUAGCCACCACUCGUAUCUUAGGAAGGUAUCAAAACUUGUCUUUAUUUCCUGAAGUGGAACGUGCACAACAUGUGGCAGCUUCGGCAAGAUUGAGACUUCAUCUACCUACAAGUACACCGAUAAAACAACGAAGACCGAAUACGGUAUUUGCGAUGCAACCCAUGCCUUUAGGCCAAAUACCCCAUCCGACCGAAAACUUUGGUCUUGUUGCAUUGUUAACUCCCUAUAAGAUGAUUAUAGUAGGUAUCAAGCCUUCGCUUCAAACACUGUACAAAUUCCUGAAACCGAAAGCGGUCAAACACCCCGACCACAGGAUUCAUGCAGAGGAAGAUAGAUCCAAGGCGAAUAUUGAGCCUUUAUCAGGAUGUUUGGCUUGGUUGCCCGUGAUCAAAUUAGGGCCCAACACUACAAGCAAAGAUCAAAACUUACCGUCCGAUCCCAUGCUUGCAUUUGCUUGGGGAGAUCAUCUUUUCAUCCUACGUGUCAGUGUAGAUAACGACACUCCCAAAAUUGUUGUUAAUAACGGUAGAUCAAGGACUCCUCCUCCACCACCUGCCCCUAAACCAGCAAAAAAGGGGGUUCAUUUGGAGUUUGUCAAGAUUGGUGAAUACAAGUGUAAGGAUGCUAUCGUUGGUAUUCAAUGGAUCAAUCGACAGAUCUUGGUCUUAUUUACACCAAACGAAGAAAUGAUAUUAUUCGAUCCUAAAAAUAUGUGUGAAACGCAACACACCAGCAUCCGCACCAAACAACUUGUUUAUCACGAUUGGUUUAACGCACCUUUAAAGGAUUUGGUAGUGGACGCUGCGAAAGAAACCGUUAAAUCACCUGAAAACGCCACCGUGCUGAAAUCUGUCGAAAUGGCCUAUUUUGGUUCCAUCAAGAGCUAUAAAGGAAAAUUGUUCCUGUUAGGUAUCAAGCAGAUAUAUGUCGGUACGUUGUUAUCUUGGGCAGAUCGUAUCCUUGCUCUUGUGCAGGCUGGAGAUUUUCUGGAAAGUAUCGCUUUAGCAACAUCGUUUUAUGACGGUAUUGGCAUUCAGACAGUGAUUGGAUUGCCUGAAGAAGAAUUAGCCAGAAAGAAUCUUGUGGGAGAAAAACUGAUGGAUUUGUUGGUGGCUUCUUUGAACUAUGCAUUUUCGUCUAAACGAACCUAUGAAGGUAUGGCAGAUGAAAUUGGCGGAGGAGAAACAAUCCUAUUCCACGAUUUAGCUCAAGGAUGCGUAAAGGCCUGUUUGAGUAUGGAUAAUAUGGAGUUCUUGUUUGAUACUGUUUAUGAUCGAUUUGCAGAAAAUAAUGUCAAGGGUGUCUUUUUGGAGGUAUUGGAACCCUUUAUUGUAGAUGAUGAGAUACCAGAUGUGCCGCCGUCAAUUAUGAAGGAUUUAGUGGACCACUAUAGUAAAAAACGGUUAUUGGAUGAAUUGGAGCAAGUCAUUUGGCAUGUCAACCCGAAUAAUUUGGAUAUCGAUCAAAUCGUGAGCAUGUGUCAUCGUGAGGGUAUGUAUGAAGCUAUGAUGUAUGUUUGGAACAAGAGUAUGCACGACUAUGUGAGUCCCGUAGUAGAAAUGCUCAAGGUGAUUCGUUCUGUACUUCGUCAUGAAGGCGAUGGGAAUAGUCAGCACAAUAUGCACGCGCGACAAAAUGCUGAAAAAUUGUUUGACUAUCUAAAGUUGAUUUUAACAGGAAAAUCAUUUCCUGAAGGCUCUACCAUGCUUGCUUCAGAUGAAGCCAGUGACGCACGUAGUGCAGUGUACUCAUUUGUGUUCUCUGGUCGAUGUGUGGUAUGGCCCCCUGUAGGUGGAAGAUUGGUUUUAACAGCAGACGAUGAAGAAGGUGUUUCGGAACCUACAUAUCCCUACUUGCGACUCUUGCUUCGAUUUAGCACCAAAAAGUUUUUAGAAGCAUUGGAAGUGGCAUUUGAAGAUCCUUGGUUGAACGGUGGUGAAGAUAUCUUGAGUUCUAAAUUCGAAGAUGAGGUACCCGGUAAAGUGAUUUCUCGACAAAUCAUUGUCAACACCUUGUUAGAUGUUAUGGGCGGUGGUCUCACAGGAAAUGGCUUACCUCUACCUCCUCCCAGACCGAAGCAAUCAAUUUCGGCUUCUACUGUCACUUCAUUUAGUACGAAUCGACCUAAUUUACACAUCAAUGUACCUUCUUCAUCCAUGGGUAGCGAAUAUUCAUCACUUGCCUAUGAUUACGUUUCCAACGAAAAUAUCAUUUUACUAUAUAUGUUUAUCGCAUCCAACCUUCACAUGUACACUACAUUCAUUUUGUUGCCACCUAAAACGUUACACAAAGUCCUUGUCAGAUUAGCUGAAGAUCAUGACCCGAAUACCCGGAUUGAACGCGAAAAAGCAGUACAGAAUUUGCUGAUGGUUUACACACCUACCAACGAGGAGCAGAUCGUCAGUUUGUAUGAAGAAGCUGGAUUUUGGAAAGUGCUGGAGCAAGUGUAUCGCCGUGAUAAAAAAUACGGUAAACUAGUUGAGGCCUAUCUCAAGGACGAUGAUCGGCGCGAAAUGGUUUUUGAAUGCGUUGAAAAGCUAUUGAGUUCAAACGAUUUAAAUGAUCGACAAAAGAGCGAAGUACAACGUGUUUUCAUGAUUCGUAUCUCUCAAUUUGUCGAGAUUGAUGGUCAAAAAGCCGCGUUUAUUGUGGAAAAUUUUCUGGGUGGAGAUCAUGCUGACGCUAUAAGACGAUUGGAAGAGGAUCAAGAAUUUGACGACGAUGAGCAUCAUGUGACCUCGGACAAACGCCUCUUCUCGUAUUUAAGAGGUCUUUUGGAACCAUACGAGGAAAAUGAGUUGAUUGAUACAAAUGAGGUACAGCAAGGCUUGAUUCGUGAAGCACAUGUUCCUCAUGUAGACGGUGCAAUUCAGGAGCGCUACAUCGAAUUGAUGUGUCGAUUCGAUCCUUCUGGUGUGUUUAAUUAUUUCAAUACCAAGUUAAAUGAUGAUAUUUCGCUGGAAAACGUCAAAAAAAGUUGCGAAGAGUAUGGUGUGAUGGAUGCAGUUGUCUGGAUUAUGGAAAAAAGUGGUGAUACCCAGGGAGCACUUGAAAAGAUGUUAGAAGUAGCCAAAUCCAAGAAUGCUUGUAUUCUUCAUAUUUUGAAAGAACAUAGGUUAUCUGAAUUUGGUUGGACUUUUGAAGAACAAAGUACAAUACAUAGCUGUUUGAUUGGAUUAAACGGUGUUUUACGUGUGGGAACCAGAUUAUGUGAGAGCAGUAGUCGAUCUAGUGCUGCUAUUUAUCACUCAACUGAAUUAGAGGACGAUGUUAAUUUGCCCGAGCUGAGUCGCGGUGAAGAUAGCUCUUUAGGUGAUGAAUCACACCACGAAGAAGAAGAAAUAAUCCCCAAUGAUUUAGUAGAAACAUUAUGGUUCCGAUUAUUAGAUGCAUACGUGGAAGGCUCUAUUGAAAUGUAUAAUAUGCUAGGAAACGAACACGACAAAAAACUGGCAGCACCAUCUGAAAUUUAUCAACGCAUUACUACGUCCUUUAAAACAUUUGUACAAUCUAUUCUAACAUCGUUACUACUGUCAACCUCACCGCAGGUCUCGCUCCCCAGACUGCUGAAACGGUUGAUUAAAUCACAGACACGUGGAGAAACCACAUUUGCGGAUUUCCGUGAUAUAUUUUUGAGCAUGCUGGAUACCUAUAAAUAUGAAGGUCAACUACUGGAGAUGACCAAUCGAUUAUUUGAUCGUGAUUUACAUGUAAGCUUACAAGAUCUGGUGCGUAAAAAUAAUAAAGGAUGGCGACCUGGUAGGGCCGUGUGUGAGAUCUGUGGUGUCAACAUAUUGGAUCUUUCUUUACUGCAACCAUCACUCGCUUGGGGCUUUGAAGAUGAUGAAGAAAUAGGCAAAGAGUCUAUGGAUGGGGAACCAGCGCCACCCAAGAAUUAUAUGGUAUUUAAAUGUGGCCAUGGAUUCCACACCGAUUGUUUAGAGCGACAACUGGGCACGGUCAAAGAUUGCGCAGUGUGUCAACACGGUAAUCCUCAGGCACAAACUGUGGUUGCACCGCUUCCUGCUGUAGAUAUAGCGCCUAAGAGCAAUAAUAACAAGGGCAAAGAAAAGGCCACUUGAUUACGCUAAUACCCCUCUUCUUCUUAUUUAACUAUCGUAGCUUUCAUCUAUUUUUAUUUUGAAAAAUUAUAAAUUAAAUUAUUUUGAUCAUUACAGUG